AGGCGCACCGACCACACAGCCGACAGCCCAGCCCAUCUCCGUCACCGGGGGCCCGACCUGCCCUCCCAGUUCCUGCUGCAGUACAAAAGCUGUACGCAAGAGAACCACCCUCCCCUCUCUGGAGUAAGCCUGUGACCCAUCAUGGCAGACAGUGAGACUGAUUUCCAAAGUGGAGAUUCUGGCGCCUCUCGGACCUACCCCCUGCAGUGCUCUUCCUUGAAGAAGAAUGGCUUUGUCAUGCUGAAGGGACGUCCCUGCAAAAUUGUAGAAAUGUCUACCUCUAAGACCGGCAAGCAUGGACAUGCCAAGGUUCACCUCACUGGGCUUGACAUCUUUACCCAGAAGAAGUAUGAAGAUAUAUGCCCAUCCACCCAUAACAUGGAUGUCCCGAAUAUCUCGAGGAAAGACUACCAGGUGUUGGAUAUUGUAGAUGGCUACCUGUCCCUGAUGUGUUUUGACAAUGCAGGAGUUGUCAGAGAUGACCUGAAGUUGCCAGACGGAGACCUUGGUAAAGAGGUUGAGCGGAAGUUCAAGGCAGAAGAGCAGUUUCUGGUCACUGUGCUUUCCGCUGUGGAUGAGGAGAGUGUGGUUGGCACCAAGGCCAUGCUCAACAUGUAACCAGGACACAUCUGGAGAACUCCACACUUCCUAUCUUCCAUUUUGGUUAUGAAGUCUCACCAAAGCUAAUGGCCUUCACCCCACACCUCCACCAGUUUCCCUGCUGGCCACCUGAAAUCUGGAAACUGGACAGGGCCAGUCUGUUCAAAUGUACCUUGGGCUCAGGGCUGAAUGGCAUCCUCUUCAAUCACUGAAGUUAUCCACGUUUACUCGCCACAGCUUAACUUUGCAGUGGUUGUGGCUCCCAGCAAUUAAUUCCUGGACAGAAUAGGGCCAGGUCCUUUUCUUGUUUGUUCUUUUUCUUCUUCUUCUUUUUUUUUUUUUAACUUUUAUUGUGUCUAUGGUUUUAUUAUGUCUGUGGUAUUACUUUUUAAAUUCCCAACUGUCCUCUAACUUUCUAAUCGAGAUGUGUGGUAUAGUUGUUGAGUUUUUGUGGACAUGUAUUUUAAGGCUUAUUUGGCUAUAAAGAUGCUGUGCCACGGCUUCCACCUGCCAUGCAUCAACUUCCUAAUCAUUCUUAUUUUUGUUGGAUAAGAUUGCAGCUCGUUUUAUUUGGUGCACAGCUCUGACCCUCCUGUGUAGAUAUGUAACUUCAGUGAUGUCUGCCUUUCUGCCUUAGACAAUUAGCGCAUGUACACUCACAUGCACACUUACAGAUUUCCAGUAUAAACACUCUCUAGGAGCCAUAUGUCUGAUAAUAGAGCCACAUUUGAGUCUUACCUCUGCACCUCAGCUGCAGGCCUUGCGGCCAACCCACUGCUGCAGCAAGCCAGGUGUCAAUAAAAUCAUCUUUCUCUAGCAGCCCUGCUGCCUCACCCAUUAUGAAGGCCAGCAGGCCUAGAUACAGGGGGAGGUGGAACAGAUUUCUCUACUAUGCUAUGAAACCUUUUCCUUUCACUUGAGGCCUUUAUCAUCUGAAAGAAAGAACAAAAAAGCUGAACACCUUUUACAGUUAUUCUAGUUGUCUCUGAAAAUCUGAAUUAUAUCUUUUUUUUUGUCAAGAAUUGCAAUACCAUGUCUGUUUUGUUUGUUUGUUUGUUUGUUUGUUUGUUUUUUUGCAAAGAUGCAGCUUUGUUACUUCGAGGCAUGCAGUAGUAGCAGCAUUCAUACCCCAAUGGCACUGGCAGAAUGGCAGCCCAACAAACGAAUAAAUGAGAGGGUUGCUUGUAGUAAAAUGCAUGCUGGAAAAAAAGCCAGCAGGUGUACUGUAGAAAAACCACGGUGCAGAGGGCAUGUGUUAUUUGAGGUUUCAAGGUUUUUGUUCAGAGCUCUGCUUUAAUUUAUGAUUGUAGCUCACAUGGAUGUUAUACCAACAAGUGUAGCAUAGAGCCCAACAGUGGACAAAGUAAAAUCAGCUGUGGGAGCUACUCUGCUCAGCUUCCGUGCUGUCUAGGACAAAGGGAAGAGCAGAAAAAUGUCUUUAAUACUAGAUCAGGGUCUUGUAAAGCUACUGUUUGUGAUCUGACUUCAGCCACUCUCAGCAUUAAUUUCUAGUUAGCUCUGUCAAGUCACUGGAGUAGCCCACAGAGUGUUGUAAUGCAUAUUCAGUUUGACAGUAAUUUGAUUGUUUUUCUUUUCUACCAUUGCCUUGCUGUUGUUUGCUUGUUUGGUGUUCUGUUUAGAAUUAUUACAUGUUAAAAACUGUGGUGUUAUAGCAGUGGCUCCCAGAUUUGGUCCUCAGGGUCCCGAGUACUGCUAAAUCUCCGUUGUAGCUGUCUAUUAGUGACUUAAACCUGGGAUGCUAUGUAAAUGCAGUUACCGACCUGUCAGGGUAGAAAUACACGUGUUCUUCAUCCCAAGGACUGGAUUAGGGAACCACUGCAUCACAUGGUGUGUGCUGUUAUUAUACAGAGUAACAAUGGAUGCAGACCUAAUGGAACAGUGCGUAAUGACCAAUGGUUUUUGGCAUGGCACUCUUCCUUGAAACAAAAGAAAAAGCAUUUGACUUGCUACUGAACACACUUCUACUACUGGGCUACGUUUUCAAAAAAAAAAUCUUAAUCCUAAAAUCAUCUCAAUGCUGAAUUGCUUGUAGUUUUAAGGUGAAAUGGGUUGUAAGAACCCAAUGUGUGAAACCAAGAACUCCCCAUCCUUAGCAGAGCAUAAAUGGUCUUCCCGAAGCCAUAUCUCUACUGUAUUACAUGUAUGUUCCCUUGGCUGUAAUGAAGACCAGAUGCAGAACAACAUGGACUCCUUUCUCACCCCCAGCUUCCUCUUAUCCAGCUGCUCUGAACUCUGAUAUGUACCUCUGGUUUCCUCCAAACCCCGUCCUCUAUUUUUUGUCUCGGUUACUGGUCGUCUCUCACAGGAGGACUGCCAGGGCUUCAUCUCUGUGAAGUUGGGGCGUUCUCUGAUGUGGUUUUAGACAAAGUUUACACUGUAAUGGAAGCCCACUGGUCCAGGUUGGCCUCACAUGCCAAUAUAGGAUCAGUGCUUCUUGGCGACAUAAAUGCAAAAUGACUGAGAUCAGUGUCAUGAGCGCAACCUUUUCUCAGGACUCCAAACUGAGUGGUAGAAGGAGAACUGUUACUGUAUUGGCAUCAUGAAUGAGAGUAAUGAUAUGAUUAUGAUGGUUAGCAUUGAGUUUUUUGUUCAGAUUUGUUGCUAUCCUGGCCUGUAAUACUGUGGUGCUGGAAACUUUUGAAAUGCCUGAUAUAUCAUCUUGGUGAUGUAUCAUCUUGGUCUUCUCCAGCACCUCUCAUCAAGGUGAAUGUUUGCUCUUUGUUCUUUUUCCUCCCCUUCCUCCUCCAUGAUUUUUCCCUUGUAAGAAACAAUGGUAACACUUUACAGUAAGAGUUAAUGUUAGUUAAUGCCGUAAUGGCUAAUUAACUGUUAGUUAAUGAUUAUUAUGGCAUUUACCAAUGUUAAUAAUAUCUACAAUAACCCUUAAAUAACAA